AAAGACUAUAGAAACAUAGCACCGUAUACAUCUCUCGCUGUUAUAUUAAGAGAAUGAUUUGCAUUUUGAUGAUAAGAGGAGAAGUUCAUGUGGUGACAGGAUUGUUAGAUAUAUCAGAUUUUCUAAAAGUGAUUGCUGAUUUCUAACCGAAACUGUAUGAUUUUUGCAUCUGUUUCCACAAUGAAAUUCUGACAUGACAUCUUAGGCUUUGCUUCUCUGCUUCCUUACAUUUUUGUUCUGAAGCCAACUGAAUUGUGUACGUUUGUGCCUUGACAACUAUCAGGCUAAAGCUGGAGUUGGCUCGGCAACUCUCUCGAUGGCAUAUGCUUCUGUGAAGUUUGCUGAUGCAUGCCUGCGUGGGUUGAGGGGUGAUGUGGGUAUUGUCGAAUGUGCAUUUGUUGCUUCUCAGGUAACUGAGCUUCCGUUCUUUGCAUCCAAAGUGCGCCUCGGUCGUAUUGGGGCUGAGGAGGUUCUUCCUCUUGGCCCACUGAAUGAGUAUGAAAGGGCUGGCUUGGAAAAGGCAAAGCAAGAGUUAGCAGAGAGUAUUCAGAAGGGCGUUUCAUUUAUUAAGAAGUGAAUGAGUUAAAGACGUUUCUUUUCGGAAAGAAAGAGAUGGCCUC